GAAAGAAGCCGAGCGAGUCGACUGUGAGAGAAGAGUGAGUGACUCAGUGAACGAGUUGGAAGAAGAAGAAGAUGGCGAGUGCGGCACCGACUCGGAUACUGAUGGGAGUGAACGAGUCGACGAUCAAGGGCUACCCGCACGCCUCCAUAAGCAGCCGCAAAGCCUUCGAGUGGACUCUGGACAAGAUCGUCCGCUCCAACACCUCCGGCUUCAAGCUUCUCUUCCUCCAUGUCCAAGUUCCUGACGAAGACGGUUUUGACGACAUGGAUAGUAUCUAUGCAUCACCAGAGGAUUUUAAGAGCUUAGAGUGCAGAGACAAGGCAAGAGGGGCUCAUCUACUGGAGUUCUUUGUUGAGAGGUGUCAUGCUAUUGGGGUUGCUUGUGAAGCGUGGACCAAGAGAGGUGAUCCCAAAGAAGUAAUCUGUCAUGAGGUAAAGCGCUUGCAGCCAGAUCUUCUAGUUGUUGGCUGCCGUGGUCUUGGUCCUUUCCAGAGGGUUUUUGUGGGGACUGUGAGUGAAUUUUGCGUGAAGCAUGCUGAAUGCCCUGUCAUCACAAUCAAGCGCAGUGCCGAGGAGACACCUCAGGAUCCAGUUGAUGACUGAAGCGAGGUCUUUGUUCCUAAAACCAACAAGGAAGAACUACAUCGAUUACUUUAUAGGAAAUUUAAAUUCUUUUCGAGGACUUGUACUACUACAGUUGGAUGUUUUCGUAUUGAAUGUGUGUUCAGCUAGUC